GCAAGUCACUGAGCUUCUGCAGAAGACAGUCACCAUGAAGUUCGUGAUCUUGGCUUUGUUUGUUGCUGGCGCCUACGGGUGCGGCCUCCCCACCUUCCCCCCCAUCGUCAGCAGAGUGGUUGGUGGAGACGACGUCCGUCAGAACAGCUGGCCCUGGCAGGCCUCUCUGCAGUACAAGAGCGGCUCCAACUUCUACCACACAUGUGGUGCCACUCUGAUCUCCAGUCAGUGGGUCCUGACUGCCGCUCACUGCAUCGGCAGUUACACCUACAGGGUCUACCUGGGAAAGCACAGUCUGGACACCAACAAUGAAUCUGGUUCCAUCGCCAUCACCCCUGAGAAGAUCAUUGUCCAUGAGGACUGGGACUCCUACAGAAUCCGUAAUGACAUCGCCCUGAUCAAGCUGUCAACUCCUGUCAAAUUCACCGACUCCAUCAUGCCUGCCUGUCUUCCCAAUUCUGGUGAAAUCCUGCCUGAUGGUGCCCCCUGCUACGUCACCGGCUGGGGACGUCUCUGGACCGGAGGUCCCAUUGCUGACGUCCUGCAGCAGGCCCUUCUGCCCGUUGUCGGCCACUCUACCUGCACCAGGUAUGACUGGUGGGGCAGUCUGGUCACCAACAACAUGAUCUGUGCUGGAGGAGAUGGAGAGCUGGCUAGCUGCAACGGAGAUUCUGGCGGCCCCCUGAACUGUCGUAACACUGAUGGUUCCUGGGACGUCCACGGAGUGGUGAGCUUCGGCUCCAGCCUGGGUUGCAACUACUACAAGAAGCCCUCUGUCUUCACCAGAGUCAGCGCCUACAUUUCCUGGAUCAACAAUGUGAUGACCAUCCACUAAGAUGCAGAUUGCUCUUCGGCGUACGUAGUUGUUAGUUGCACCAUAAAAUAAAAAAAGGCAAAGUCAA